AUGGGAGACAUUUCUGUAGAAAACGUAACAUUGCAAGAAAAGAAGGCUCCCAGGGAUGGAUAUGAUUUAGAUGUUUAUGGGUUAGACACAGAAUGGUUCCUCUUUAUCCACAUCCCUGCCUUGUGUUGUAUCUUUCUCAGUCUUUUAAGUGCGUCCGCCGUCAUCAUUGCGUCAUUCCGGAGCCAGACGCGAUCUUUCUUUUCCUGGAUGCGAAGUGAACGUUUCGUCGUAUACUUGUCUUUGUGUGAUGCACUUUUCAAUUUGUCACACAGCAUGGACCAUCUUCAAAUGGUCAUCACAAAAGAACACGUGUAUCCCAGAGAGUUGUGCGAAUUCUAUGCCUUCUUCAUCGGAGAGUUCGUCACGGCACAACUCCUGAUGACCAACGUGGCAGCUUUCAAUGCCUUUGGUUUGAUUUAUCUUCAUAAACAGUUCAGACUCGGCAGAUAUGACUGGAGGCUUCUCUUGUAUACUUUUGGGUUUUCAUUCGUGUUGUCAACAAUAGCUGUAAAUCUUGGAUAUUAUGGGCCUUCAGGAUCUUAUUGUGCAUUUGAUGGUAUUAAAGGAGCAUUUGCCAGCGUUUUCUUUAUAACCAUCCCGAUGACUGUUAUCCUGGCUGUAAACGUGGUUCUCUAUAUCCUCACUUGGUGGAAAAUCCACGUGGAAUCCAAGCAGAUUAAGACAGUGCUUGGAAAAGAAGCUCAAACGCUGCGUGCAUCUCACAGGGCAGCCAAAUUAAUGAGUCUCUUUGUCGCUGCAUUCUUUAUCCAGUGGUGGGCCCUUGCAAUCAUCAGUGUGUGGCACAAUUUUGCGGUGGUGCCACAGGAGUUCUUCACUGUGGUUGUCGUGUUCACAAACCUCGGUGGUGUGUUAAAUGGGGCUGUGUACAUCAUCAUUAAAAAAAGAAGAAAUCAGAAUUACAGCUCUAAAGCAAAGAGUUCGAGUCAGAUGUCUCAAGAUUCUGGAGUAGGAAACAGUAACACUUCCAUUUCCAUUGUAGACACAAAUGUUUAAUACUUUAAGACCUUUUCUUCAGAUACCGGGUAUGUUAU